AUGGACAUGGCCGGCUUCACGAGGAAACAAGGUGGUCCAAGCGGUUCAUUCCGCGAUUUGUGUAUUGACUGUGGGACGUCGGCAAAGAUCGCCAAGGGACAGAUAAAAAUCAAAUCGGGCACCUGUCCAGUUCUCUAUACAGACAAGGGACUCCAAUUUGACGAUGGAAGCCAUGUGGAUGCUGAUGUGAUCAUUUUUGCGACUGGUUUCAAAUUCAACAUGCCAGUAAUUGUGCAGGAACAAUUUGGGCCUGACAUCGUGCGAAAGGCUAAUCGUCUCGAUACUGGAGGAGGCCAGCUCAAGCGCAAUUAUCUGCCAACGGGACGGAAGUACCAUCUGAACCUGCCCUCUGUUUAA